AUGCACGCGUACGAGCUGCUGGAGGCAGUGCCGUUCCGGUCAUACGCCGGGCACAGCGCCGACGUUCUGUCGCUGUCGUGGUCCAAGAACGGGUUUCUGCUGUCGGCGUCGGCAGAUCGCACCGUGCGGCUAUGGCACCCGCACCGGCCAGAGUGCCUGUGCACAUUCCGGCACCGCGACAUUGUGACGUCCGUGGCCUUCAGCCCGCACGACGACCGGCUGUUUGUGUCGGGGUCGCUGGACUGCCGGCUGCGCCUAUGGGACAUUCCAGCGCGCGGCGUGCGCCACUGGACUGGGCUGCCGGACGGCCAGAUGGUCACUGCCGUGGCGUUUGUCGGCGCGCAGGGCGACCGUGUCGUGGCCGGCACAUACCGCGGUAUGUGCGUGUUCUACGCCACCGACGGACUGACGGUGCUCGGCCGCAUGCACGCGCGGUCAUCGCGCGGCCGCAAUGCGCAGGGCAGCAAGAUCACGGGCUUUGCUACAGCCUCUGCCGCUGACUCCGCCGCCGCCGACCGGCUGCUGGUGUCUAGCAACGACUCGCGGCUGCGCAUGUUUCUGCCCGGCGAGCGCUCGCUG